AGAGAAGCAUUUGACACUACAAAGUCCAAAUAGUCCAACACAGCCAGAUUGCGUAGGCGAGUGGCAGAGAAAGGAGGAAGGAGCAAAAUCAUGGGCAUUUCACAGAGCAAUAGCAACAAUAGAAGAAGAAAUCAUGCUUAUUAUUAUGCCUACAACCACCCUUCCUCCUACUCUUACUACGAUACUCCUUACCAUACCCACCCUCCUCCUCCUCCUCCUCCUCCUUUCCCUUUUCCACCUCAUCUCCUCCCACCCCCACCACCCUCCUACUCCUACCCCACUACCUGCAACAACUGCCCUAACCCUGUUGUGGGUAGGUCUUUUUUUGCUCCAUAUCUCAACAACACCGACUGGUCUGGGUCUGGUUCUGGUUCUUACCUGCUUCCUCAGCCUCAGGCUCAAAUGGUAGGUGGGUUGGUAGCCCCACCUACCCCAUCACCCUAUGCUGAGACCCAACAAGCCAAGAAAGUUAGGAGUGGUGUCAAUGUGCAUAAAGAUUCCUUAAAGCUUGAGAUUGAUGAGCUGAACCCACAUCACCAUUUGGUUUCGUUUGUCUUUGAUGCUCUCUUUGAUGGAAACAUCACGGUGUUUUAUUUUGUAAAGGAAGAGCCUCAUUGCAGAUUUGUUCCAUUAUAUCCCCACGUCCAUGUACCUAUAACAAUUCCUUUCCAGAGAGGACUUGGACAGAAAUUUUGUCAGCCUUCUGGGACGGGCAUUGACGUAGGCUUCUUUGAAAUGGACGAUCUCUCCGAACUGUCAUCAGAAAACAAUGUUUUUGCCCUUGUAAUAACUGCUACAACCUGCCUUCCAUCUUUUUUAACGGAGGAUCAUAAUAGCAAUACUCAGCCUAAAACGUCCCUCCAUAUGCAAAUUAGUCAAGCUGUACUGGAGAAGGAUAAUGAAGGGGCUUUCAGAGUGAGAAUCAUCAGGCAGAUUUUAUGGGUUGACAAUGCUCGCUAUGAGCUGCAUGAGUUAUAUGGAAUUGGAAACUCUGGCCCCGGUUAUGAGAACGAUGGCUCAGGCAAGGAUUGUGUAAUAUGCAUGACUGAACCCAGUGACACAGCAGUGCUUCCAUGCCGACAUAUGUGCAUGUGCAAUGGAUGUGCGAACACAUUGAGACUUCAGUCAAACAAAUGUCCAAUCUGCCGGCAACCUUUUGAAGAGCUCUUAGAGAUCAGGAUUAAUAAUGGUGAUACUGAUGAGUGAGCAUUUCCUUGCAGUUAAACAAAGUAGCGAGCCUAAUCUCAGUCACCUGCGUUUUCUGUUUUCAAUUCGUAAAUGUUUGUCACUAUAUAGUUGUAAAUCUCACCAUACGUGUCUUCCUGGCCAAUCGUUUUCGUUGGCCAACUAUUUGUUCAUUCCUUGUGUUAUACAGCAUUGUAAAUAUAACCUAGGCUAAUGGCCUGGAUUGAGUUUGUUUCACUAUUUACUUAGUUAGCUAAGUGGCUCCUGUCUCACUAUUUACUAAAAGUUGUGCUGCUCUGGAAAUAAGGUGCAUGAGCACAUUCAGGAUUGUUUGAUAUCUGAGUAAAAGUUAACAUUCUUCCUUACC